AUGCAAAUUGCACUUGUGCACAAACCCAGCAAACCCGUCUUCUGGAAGUCUACUGAACAUGUUUUCCAGCACAUCCACAGUGAGGAACUUGAACAUGACGUCGUCAGUGUCAGAAGAGCUGGACUUCUCGUGGAUAUAUGUGUUGAGUCUUUCGCAUUGACUCAGGUCGAAAUUUGGAAUCUGUGCAACAUAUUGCAACGCGAUCUCGAUCUGCGGUCUAAAUUGGACACUGUUGGACUUGACAACAGUGCUGAUGAUGUCAAAAGCAAGAACAGGAGGCUCGUACUCGUCUUGAACGUCUGUAAGCGACUCCACAGCGUUGGUGACCAGAUCGUCCAGGUAGUCGGAUCCUGCCUCCAAAAGCACUCUGACAUAAUUGUCGAUAAAUAUAGUUUGAUUCUUCACGGAGACUUCCAGGUCGACAAACUCAAUCACACGUCCAGGAAGAGCGUUCAUAAUCUCCGAAUUCAAAUCCAGAAGCACGUCUUCGGUAUCUGA